CUAGUGAUUCUUUCUGAGCUUUUAUUUUGAAAGUGGCAUUGCGGAAGUUGUUCCGUUAAACCCACUUCAGAGGAGGAGACAACUGAUUUAACAACAAUCAAAACCGAUUAACCGGAGCAUCCAUCCAUCCUCCCCCCCACAUCCACCGGUCACUAACCACCGGUGUACCGGGAGCACGCAGCCCCCCCCCGGUGUUCCGGGUCCCGCCGUCCCGACAUGACGGGCUACAAGGCGUUUCACGCCCAGCUGACGUCCAUCAUGGAGGCGCUGACCAGCGCGGCGGUGUCUGAGAUCUGCGAGCUGGUGGAGGACAGCUACGCGGUGCUGCGGGUGGAGCUCCGCCGCAGCACCGCGGACAACGCGGCGCUGCGCCGGAAGCUGGAGCUGAUGGAAGGCGCCGCGGUCCCGGGCAACCGGCGGAAUGACGGCCCGUCGGCCCCGGGCCGCGGGGGUCUCCCUCCCGGGGGGGCCGAACGCAUGAACGUGAACCUCCAAAGAGGUGGAAGAGCCCCCAGGCUGGAGGUCACGCCUGAGUUGACCCCUGCAGCCAAAGAGGAUUCUCCCUCCGGAGCCACCGAGGAGCCCGAGGACCAGGAUGUAGUUUUGAUAAAGGAGGAGGCGGCCAAAGAGGAGGCGAGCGACCACGAGGCCUCGGACGAGCUGCUGCUCAACGCAGACGGAACCGAGGAACGGCUGCUGGACACAGAUGACGGAGGAGCCUGCGGCCUGACGGUGCACUCGGCGGAGGUCGCCCUGAUGCUGUGGGACCGGAGCAGCGACGUCCCAGGGAGCCGGUGGACCCACAGUGCACCGGGCUCUGCGGGCGCCUCGGACGCGGCGAUCGACUUGGCCUCCGAGUCGGACUGCGAGGCUCCGUCCGAGGGGCGGCCCUUCCUGUUUGGCUCCGAGCUGAGACGGAGCGGCAGCUUCCCCUACGACACAAACCUUGACCUCUGCUCCUCGUGGACCGAUCAGGGCCUCCCUCACCGCUCGGCGCCGUCCGACCCGAGGCCCCGGCUGGACCCGCUGGAGCUGAGCCGGUUCUGCAGGGACGGCAGGCGCUUCGUCUGCAGCUACUGCGGGAAGUGCUUCACCUCGUCCCGCAGCCUGGAGACGCACGUGCGCGUGCACACGGGCGAGCGCCCGUACAGCUGCGCCCAGUGCGGCAAGCGCUUCACGCAGUCGGGGCACCUGAAGACGCACCAGAGCGUGCACACCGGGGAGCGGCCCUUCGCCUGCCAGCACUGCGGGAAGAGGUUCGCCGGGAAGCAGAACCUGAGGAUCCAUCAGCAGAAGCACCACGCGGCGGCGUGUCUUAUUUUGAAGUGUCAUACCGGAAGCUCGGGCGAAGCGGAAGUAGAAAGACCAUCGAACCGUUGGUCGUCUUGGACGCGAGCGACGGGCCGGAGUUUUAACUUCCAAACGGGUCCCGGCGGCGCAGUAGCGACACCACCUCCCCUGAGCCCCGUGUCUCCGUUGAGGGGCGCGCGGGUCCUCGGUGCCGGUCCGGUUGCUCCUCUCCAGGCGGCGGCCAUGGCCGCGUUGGGCAGCAGGGCUCUGCGGGAGCAGCUCUCCAUCAUCAUGGGCGCCCUGACCACGGCGGCCGUGGCGGAGAUCUGCGACGUGGUGGACGAAGGCUACGCGGUGCUGCGGAUGGAGAUCAGCCGCAGCCACCAGGAGAACGAGGACCUGAAGAAGAAGCUGCACCUCAUCCAGUCCAUCGUGGUCCGGGGCAGCGGCGGCGGCGGCGCGGGGGCCGCGGCGCUGGAGCCGGAGGUCGCGCCGGCGGCGGAGGGCGAGAAGCGGGCGGAGACGCCGCGGCGGCAGCGGGACGGCGAGGGGGGAAACGCCGCUGCUUCCAGCGCAGGAGACGGAGGGGGGGUCGUGAUGGUGCCCGAGGAGCUUCCAGACGUCGUGUUGAUCAAAGACGAAGACUCUGACAGCAACGACGCCUUAGAGGAAGACGACCAAUCGGCGGCUGAGGGAGAGGGCGCCGCGUCGGGCGCCAAGAGGCGCUGGCCGGGGCCCGAGGGGGCCGGCAGGAAGUCCACCUCCGGCCCGCCGGCAGAGAAGAAGAGCGUCUACAGUCUGGACUCUCCGGGCAGCGAGCCGGGUUUCUCCGGUCGGCUCGACGGCGGCGAGAUGGAGGCCGGCGAGUCGGCGUGCUCCUUCUCCUCGCACGUGGGGCCGGACGGCGCGCUGGUCCACCGGGGCCCCGGCAGGCCGGCGGCUUUCAGCGGCGGCUCCCUGACCGACGGGGAGCCGGACCUCAGCCCCACGUGGACCAAGCAGGCCAAGGGCCACGCCCCCUUCGCCCACUUCCACCCACACGAGGACCCGGACGCCGACGCCUUCGGCCUCAAGAUGGUCAGCGUCACGGGCUCCAUCCCCGCCGACUGCCAGCUGUCGGAGGGCAGCGGCUCGGCCUUCGAGUACGAGGACGGCGACGCGCUGGGCUUCGCCCACUACCGGGACCCGGUGGGCGGAGCCCAGCCCGGCGGCGCCCGAGGGAAGCGCUACGUGUGCCCCGUGUGCUCCAAGACCUACGCCACCUCCCAGAACCUGGAGGUGCACAUGCGCAUCCACACGGGCGAGAGGCCGUUCUGCUGCAGCCAGUGCGGAAAGAAGUUCACCCAGUCGGCGCACCUCAAGUCGCACCUGAGCGUCCACUCCGGCGAGCGGCCGCACGCCUGCGCGCUCUGCUCCCGCAGCUUCAUCGUCAAGUACAGCCUCAAGCUGCACAUGAGGAAGUGUCACGACCGCGUCCUCCCCGACUGAGCUGAUGGACGCUCAGACGUCUGCACGGACACGUCGUAAAUCGGUGGACAGGCGUCUGAAACUGACGACUCGCAGCGAGCAGAUUAUAAACCAGACUUUUAAGGAGAUAUUUAUAGUUAUUUUAGAAAGUGGAGAAAAGAAAACGCAUCGCAGCCUCCUUUUUAUUGAGUUGUUAAGUCUGUCGUUGGUAGUUCUGUAUAAAGCCAAAAGACAGUUGCGUGUGCACCGUGGUUAAUAAACCUAAUCAUAAAA